AGACAUUCAUAGCUUUCACCCAAACAUCGGUUUCACGUGUUUUUCAGCGCAAUGUUUACCAAACAAUGUAUUGAAUAGACGUUUGACUUCUUGAGACCAAUUGCAGUGAUAAUAGCAACCGAUCUUCGGAUACCAUCUGUUGGCCGAAAUGUCCAUCAAUGGGACGAAACUGGAGGACAACUUCUACUCCGCGGGAAAAGUGUAUUGGGAUGGCAUUGAGCCCACUCUGGAUGGCAUGUUGGGUGGCUUCACCAUGGUCACUUCGCCCGAUAUCAACGCCUCCACCCGUUUCCUCACCAAAUGGUUUCCGCAAUUGGACGCCAAGAAGUCGGCCGUCAAAGAGUCGACCGCUGAGGACACGGAGUCGACGCCAUCGCCGGCACAGACAACGCGCGCACUCGACUGCGGCGCCGGUAUCGGUCGAGUGAGUAAACACCUGUUGCUGAAGUUCUUCGAUACCGUGGAUCUGUUGGAACAAAGCGACAAGUUUUUGGCCCAAACCAAGACUUAUAUGUCGGCCGAAGAGUACGCCCGAGUGGGUAACCAAUACAACGUGGGUUUGCAGGACUUCGCGCCCGAACCGGAUGUGCUCUACGACUGCAUUUGGUGCCAAUGGGUUGUCGGACACCUGACCGACGAGGACUUCGUCCGCUUUCUGGUCCGAUGCAAGUCUGCGCUCAAACAACCCAAUGGCGUGAUUGUCGUCAAAGACAACACCACGUCAUCGGACGAGUGCGACGCCGACACCAACGACUCGUCG